UGGCAGCACUUGCCAAUCUCUGCCAUGUAAUGAAUUUACUGUGUUAAUCCGGAUUUGACAAUAUGUAUGUUCGAUGGCAGUAUCCUCAAGAUCACAGAGAUGGAACCAGUACACGUGAACAAACAAGACACACUUGUCUGCAGUAGCACAUGUUGAACCAAGCCACGUGAUGUUUCAGCCUCUAUGAGGGAAACUGACCUGGCUAGGCUUUAUCAUAUUGAUAAGUGAAGAAGAAAAAUGCCACUUCAAGCCCCACAGUGGACAGACUUUCUGUCCUGUCCAAUAUGCAACAGUAACUAUGAUGGAAAUAUUCAUCAACCGAUUAGUCUUGGUUGUGGACAUACAGUAUGCAAAGCUUGCUUGCUCAAGCUUCAAUGCCUGCAGUGUCCGUACGACCAAACGCAGAUCAGCAGAGAGAUCGAGGAGCUGCCUGUUAACUCUGCAUUGCUACAGCUGGUGGGGGCGUCUCCGCCAGCCAAUGAGAAAAUCCCGCUCACCGGGCAGGACCUGCAGCUGUAUAAGACAGCGAGGCGCCUCAUUGAACAGAUAGCACUCUACUUACAGCCCACUGGGGCUAUUCAGCUGAGUAGGCCAAUGCAGCGCAAGUUAGUGACGCUAAUUAACUGUCAGAUGAUCGAGUCGGACGGCCGGGGCAGGACGAUGCGCUCGAUUCGCUCGCUGGCUGAGCGAAGUGCCACCGAGCUCAUCCUGCAGCACCAGAAUCCGCAGCAGCUGUCAGCGAACCUGUGGGCUGCCGUCCGCUCACGCGGAUGCCAGUUCCUCGGACCCGCCAUGCAGGAAGAAGUGCUGAAGUUGAUCUUGCUGGCGCUAGAGGACGGUUCGGCCCUGUCCAGAAAAGUGCUCGUACUCUUUGUUGUGCAAAGACUUGAGCCGCACUUUCCACAGGCUUCAAAGACCAGCAUCGGGCACGUCGUCCAGCUUCUGUAUCGCGCAUCCUGUUUUAAGGUCGCCAAGCGGGACGGAGACUCGUCGCUGAUGCAGCUGAAGGAUGAGUUUCGCACGUACGAGGCCCUGCGCAGGGAGCACGACGCGCAGAUCGUACAGAUCGCGACCGAGGCUGGCCUCCGCAUCGCCCCCGACCAGUGGUCGUCGCUGCUCUACGGCGACACGAUCCACAAGUCGCACAUGCAGUCCAUCAUUGAUAAGCUCCAAACCCCUCAGUCGUUCACACAGAGCAUACAAGAACUAGUGAUAGCACUACAGCGCACCGGCGAUCCACACAACCUCUCUCACCUUCGACAGCCUUUAGAACUCCUGGCCAACAUCGAUCCAAGCACUGACGCUCCCGCGACGGACUGGCGUGCGAUCGAGACGUCGCUGCAGGCGCUCAAGGUCAUCCUCGACGGCCUCGUGCAGUUCAUCCAGCAGAACGCGACACACAAGCUCACCGAGUCGACGCAUCUGAUGCACGCCGGCAAGUACAAGACGAGCAUGUGCCGCGACCUUCAGCAGGUUGGCGGAUGCCCGCGCGGACUCAACUGCACCUUCGCGCACUCACAGGAUGAGCUCGAAAAAAAUAGAAGUAGAAGUAGGAAGAACAACCCAUCCAUGAAAAGCAGCAAUGCUGUCUCCGAUAAGUUGCCCGGGGGAUUCAACAGGCAGUCGGCAGAUGUAAAACCACCGGAAAGUGUCCUGUCCGAAAAAGCCGACGUGUUCAAGCCAAAGUUGAGUGAUGUGCAGCCGACACCGUUGCCAGCAGUCCAGCCCGUGCCGAUGAUAAGGGCACUGGUGCCCACCCCAGAUCACCCGGAAGCAUUGUUGUUCCCUACGCCUCCCGUACGCGGCUUUCUGCCGAUGGAAGGCAUGGUGCAGCAGCAGCAACAGCAGCAGCAGGGACAGCAGGGUGCGCCAGCCGUCGCCGGCCUGCACCCGGGCGUGGCGGCGGCCCACGCGCUGCCCGGCGCGCGGCAGCAGCCGUUCUAUGGCGGCUCGCCGGCGCCGUACCAGGCCGUGUACGGUGGCGACCUCCAGCGGUCCAUGUACCAGGCACAGCCCGAGUCGAUGUCGUAUCCGAUGAUGGAGAGCUACACUCUCAAGGAGGUGCCCGCGGGACACAUGAUGCAGCAUUCUCACACUGCCAUUCCCGACUCCUUCCAGAACGCGGUGGCGUUUCAGAGCGAGCAAAUUGCCCACCAGCAGAUAAAGAUUGCUGCGUUACAUCAGCGGAAGAAGGAGAUACUGUUGGAACUCGACCAGUGCCAGUCGCAGAUGGUCGCGCAGACGACGCUUCCCACGCCAUCGUCCGCAGUCAAUUCGGUUAGCUGUGCGUCUACGCACCCUCAGUACACAGUAAGUACCAGGGGUGCCAUCUACGCAAACACACACAAGCACCGUACGUCGGUACGGCUCUAAUUGUGGUUGAUUUGAAUGCGAUUCAAAUCAACCAAAAUUGGAGUAAAUUCGGUUAGCUGUGCAUCUACGCAC